CCCGCGCUCCCUCGGCCUCCGGACAACAACAACAAACAUGGCUCUCGCUCCGGCCUCGUCGAUCGCCCGGACGCGGCUCUUUUCAACCUCCGCCGCAGCUUAUGGCAAGAAGAACUUUAGGAAGUUCCUCAUGCACGGCAAGAGGGGGACGAGACAGUUCAAGGAGCAAGUGAAAAAUGAUCCAACUUCGGAGUUUCGUCAGAUGUUUAGUCGUGGUGUGAGGCCAGUUGGAGAGCUUGUAGGCAAGAAGUACGAAGUGAUUCCUGAAAUGAUUCCACAGCUUGUAGUACCUGACUUAGAAGGAUUUGAGCUGAAACCUUACGUAUCCUAUCGUGUGCCAGAUGUCAUCCAAGGGGAAUUCCGUCCCCAAGACCUUUUCCACGCAGUGUAUAGCCGGAAGAUCGCAGAGGACUUUAAAGCUGGCAAGCUAGACGAGGAAGGCAGACCCCAAGAGCCAUCGGAGGAGGAACAGCUGACUCCGGAAGUUGCGAAGACAAAGGCACUGAUGAUCGGAUCAGACAGGUUCUGAGCAGUCGACGUGAGGGAGCUUGGUCAUUGCAAGAAGUGGCUUUGGCUUGGUGACUUCAUUUGUAUAUAAAGAUGAUUGUAUUGUGUAAGAAAGUUUGUUAAAUUAUUAGAGAAAUGUGACAGUCUGGCAUCAUCCC